AUGGGUAUGACACUGGUCGAACCAUAUAAGGCAGAGUACAAUGACAGCAACUCGCCAGAAUUCCAAAACUUCCAAAAUGAUUUCUGUGAACAGGUACGGCAGACAUACACGGCAGCUGACAGCGUUUUCAAGGAGCAGUAUUCAGGCUGUAUAAUCACCGGACUGACCGAGGGAAGUGUGAUAGUCCGGUUUAGACUUCUGUUUGCUGUUGUGGCCAUAACGGAUGGACAGACAUACCUGUUCAACCUCAGAUCUGUUAUAACUGUGACCACAACACAUCCAGACCGAGGCAGAUUUGGAACAUAUACCGUAGUGAUCUCUUCCCUGAUUGUAAUAAGCGUUGAUGGAAUCACAACUACUACUCCAACAACUACAACUCCUACGACUACAACCAGCAUUCCCACGACCACAACCACAACUCCAACAACUACAACCACCACUGCUUCAACUAUAACUCCUACGACUACAACCAGCAUUCCUACAACCACCACUCCAACAACUACAACCACUACUGCUACAUCUACAACCACUCCUACAACAACCACAUUUCCUAUAACUUCAACCACCACUCCAACAAUUACAACAACCACUCCUACAACUACAGCCACCACUCCUAUAACUACAAUAACAACUUCUACAACUACAACCUCCAUUCCUACUACAACAACCACCAUUCCUACAAAUACAACCACCAUUCCUACAAAUACAAGAACCACUCCUACAACUACAACCACCAUUCCUACAAAUACAACAACCACUCCUACAAAUACAAGAACCACUCCUACAACUACAACCACCAUUCCUACAAAUACAACAACCACUCCUACAAAUACAAGAACCACUCCUAAAACCACAACAACUACUCCUACAACUACAACAACCACUCCU